AUGGGGACUGACGCCAGCGCCAACGACGCCAUCAACGCCCCGCCGAGUACGAACAGCUGCGGCUGCGGACAGGGAAUUAUUACUGGCCAACAGCCUCCAGUCGGCCACCGUCAGACAAGCAACUUCAAGACCACGAGUGGCCCUCAAAAGAAAUUGACGCCGCCACUGCAGCUACACGAACGCAAGCUGCUCAGGGUCAGUUCCGUUUCUGUCCGGAGGCCAGUCUACUCGUUGUCGAGCGACCAACAACAAGAACAACAGCAACAUCAACACCACCCUCACCCCGACGGCCGACUGCUGCGGCGCUCACGUUCGCUCUCUGUCCUCCAUCAUCACCAUCACCAUCAUCAAGACCCGUCGCUCAACCAAGACUCGCCGUUCCUCGCGCGACACAUCCGAGUCUAUCUGCAGCCAGAGACUCAAGACCAAGCUUCAUCCGAGCAGAAAACCGACCGAGAACAAGGCCAGACACAGCCACCACCACCACCGCAACCACGACCGUCGUCACCGCCGAUACAGCUACGACUGCUACAACAAUUACAACUGCCACAACAACUACAACUACCACAACAACCCCAGCCGCGAGAACCUCCCCCUCGACCUCCCCCUCCGCCGCGUCUGUAUCCGGUGCCCGGCAGGAGAAACGGCGUAGGAAUCGCAGUCCCUUCCCUCGGCUCUGCAUCCCGCAGCCGAGCCACCAUCGCCAACUUCAACCGGAGGUACCGACAGACCCAGGCGCACCUCUCCGUCGUCUCCAAGACCACCGCCCAACACCGGAGCUACUGGCCCGACGACUUCCGCGACCCGCGUCACGGACUCUCCAUCAGGCUCAGCUCCUCGCCCGAUACCUCGACGCGGCAGAUAUCCCCCGUGCCCCCAGUCCCGACCAUCCCGAAAUUCCUUGUGGGCGACCUUCCGAAGCCGCGUCUCGCCGAGAUCGGCCCUCUCGAAGAGUAA